ACACUCUCGAUGAGGUGGGCUGCUUUCCCUCCUCUUUCUCCACUCAAGGUACCAAGCGUUCCCGAGCUUCCCCCUGUUUUCCUGCCCUGCACCUGCCAGUGAUGGGCCAUGGCACUCCCCAACCUAAGCAGAGACGUACUAUGUAGACGGCCCACGGCACAGCGGGAAGCAUCAAGCAAAGCAGGCAUGCAGGGCAGGGUUACAGGGCCCUGGGCAGGCAGGAAGCUGGCAACGGCGGGGCCGCGACGAUUAGGUGGAUGGGAAGCUCGACCCGGCGCCCGGACCUCCCACCGAGAGCAUUUUCCAUUGGUUCCCGGGCAGAGCCAAUGUCACAUCCCAUCUGUGCUGCACUGUUGCUGCUGUUCCCAGACUUUCACACCCACUCCAUGUUCCAGUCAACUCUCUGGUCUGUGCCUUCACCCUCACCGGCCUUGGUCCCUGGAGGGCUUUUGGAUUGGAGUCUUGGUAGUACGGACUCGAACUUAGGCACUGACACACCGUUCGAUGCGUCUCCUCGUGCCCCGGCCGUCCGUGAAGUGCCCUGGGAAGCAACGGCUCCAUGGACUUUGGAGGCAGUUCGGCGCCGUGGACCCAUAUCGGUCACCAGUGUGCUGCACAAAAAGGGGAGGAGAAAGAAGCGCAAGGAAGAAUAUGGACCUAGAGGACUGAAAUGUAAUGACGAACAGCAAACGGCGACGAAAUCGAAUAGUAACGGCCCCAUGGCGAACCCAGGAAGGAGAAGGUGGGAGGGGGAAGGGACGGCAGGGUACUCCAUGGGUACCUGGAGGCUUUGGUGGAGGUGUCUUCUCGUCAGGCUCUGGCAUCCAAUGAUGUAUCGGGAUACUUUUCCCACAGCGAGGAGCGUGCCAACCUACCUUACACAACAGAGGGGUGUGUGUGUGUCUGAAGACGAAGCGUUGGAUGAAGCUUAGACGGGACUCGGGAGGUCUGGUUGCCUUGGCUCCUCCAGCAAUAUGUGCGAUAAUAAUUAACAUC